AGUUCAUGUGCAACUCCAGAGUGCCUUGCUUCAUUCAGAAACCUGUCCUUCAAAUUCAAACACCAUACAGAAAUUGGUGGAUGGCUACGAAUGAAUGUUCGUAUGGUAAGGAUAUGUGGAACUUGUUCUUGGUUUUGUGGUAAAUUUCUUCCCAAUGUUCGAGGAGGUCUCAAAUUCGGAUUCAUCAAUUUCGUAUUGAUGUCCUAAAGAGAACUAGGUUGCGUUCAGCCGUCCGUCACGGUGGCCCAUCGUUGCCAAACUUAGGUAUGUCGGGUUUACACCACUGUCUUCUCUUUGAUGUUUCACGUGAGGAGAGAGAUGAGAUAAUAACGUUUAUACGAAAUCAUUCGAACUCGUGGGCAUAAUCUGACUUGCAAACAUUUAGUUUACUAAUUAGCACAAUUAGUGGAGGGUUUUGAGCUGAACAUGAUGGGUAUCAUCGUGGUCGGGUGUGAUUGCGUGUACAAAAAGUUUUGAGUUUCACUUUAGCUGUUACCUCGAAGGGUUCCUCCUAACUGAUAAAAAGAGGAAAAGGAGAGCUUUGAUUUUGCUCGCUUGAGAUCCAAUCAUGGCCUAAGUGGCACACCAUGUCUCCCCGGAAUUAUUUCUUGUCCUGUGUCACACGACCAAUUAAUUUACUCUUGUGAUUACUCGCGAUUAUUUGUUGUAGUGACAUCCGUUCUCUAUUUAGUUAGAGGAAAUCUUGAAUUCAAUCUCAUACACGAAAGAUGUGGGUUAAAACCAAAAUAAAAAGGUUGCUCAGGGUAUGUUUAUUUUAGACAAGUUAUGAAAGAGAAUUUUGUGGGAUUUAUGUAUGGUUAUUUAGGUACAAGAUAAACCCUCAUCGGUCAUCUUGAGUUGUUUAAGCAUGACAAACCUAAUUUCAACAUAGGAUCCACUUUUUUUUUUUUUUUUUAUUUCUUGAGUUAGUAAACCCAAGAUAUGUUAGGAAAUGAAUAUCCGACAUAUCCGUUCCUCCUAAAUAAAUUAGAACGAAGAGUGACCUACAUAAAAGAUGAGGACAACACCAAGGUGGCAUUGUCCAUAACCCAUCACCUCUUGCCAUGUGGAAGGUUAAAAUUCAUAACAUGGUACUAUUGACCCGAAAAACUAUGUCCUUUCAUCAAUGAGUAUUUGAGUCCUUUACUCUUCAAAUUAGGUGGUGGAAUUAAUCACAAUUACACCACUUAAUAAAUCAUGAAUUAUAUUUGGUGAAGGGUCAAUUAGCACUAAUAGAGGGAGGGAGAGGGGAUGCCCCAGCCUCCCACCGAAAACUCUAGAAAGCAUCCCAACACUUUUUAACUUUUUGAAUUGUCACUUUGGAGCAACUGGAAACCAAAAGGAAAAAUGUCAUCAACUAUGGACAUUCAAUCUCCUGACCAGUCCUUUUCACCCCAAAACACUCUUCCUUUUAUCCUCUCCCACCCACUCUUUGUGAUCAUCUCAAUGUGAUCAUAUCACAUGCCAUUCCAUGAACCAAAACAAGAGUCAGAGAUGAAGGGAAUGAGAGGAAAGUUUCUCAAGAAACUGAAGUCCAUCCCAACAAUUGGCACUUUGAAACAUGGCCUGCUCUUUCAGCUCAACCCGGCGGAAAAGUUCUCCAAUCCGAACCAUCAAACACCGUCUCUGCUCGUUCUUAGACACGAAGAUGGCCAGAGGAAGAACAAUCUCUCAGCGGAGCUUGUAGUUAAGGAAUACAAAGAUGAAGAUAUGGGAUUGGGUUUUAAUGUUGUCUAUAAGGAGAAUGUUACACCACCCUCAAUGGAAACCAAAGAAACAGGUGUGGAGGAUGACAUUUUUCAUGAUGCAGAGGAUGAUGAUGAGGAUGUUGAACUUCCGUCUUUGUUAGAUUUCGAAGAGAAGUGUCCGCCAGGAGGAGGCGAUUCUGUCAUUCUAUAUUCAACAAGCAUGACAGGCGUUAGGAAAACAUUCGAGGACUGCAAGGCAAUCCGUUUUUUACUGGAAAGUUUCAAAGUAUCAGUGUAUGAAAGGGACGUUUCGAUGCACAUGGAAUUCAGGCAAGAGUUGUGGACGUUAUUUGGCGGUAGAGUGAUCCCUCCGAGUCUUUUCAUCAAGGGAAGGCACAUUGGUGGAGCUGAAGAAGUUAUAAGACUUCAUGAGCAAGGCAAGCUGAAGAAGCUCUUAGAAGGAAUCCCAAUCAACCUGUCUAGCUCCCCAUGCACCGGCUGUGCCAACGUGCGCUUCAUUGUGUGCGUCAAUUGCGAUGGCAGUCGCAAAGUUUUCACGGAUGGUGAUCAUGAACACGACGAGUUGUGCGUUAGAUGUCCGGAGUGCAACGAAAAUGGUUUGACUAAGUGCUCCAUCUGCUGCUGAAAACUAAACUAGUGUUUCCUGUUUUCUUGUUAUAACUUUUCUGAGUUGCAAGACGCUUAGUGUUUGUGAUGCCUUAGCUUGUCCGAAGUACGAAGAACUAACAAUUUGAUGCUGUAGAAUUUCAGUUGUAGGGAUCUGAUAUGUAUAGUAGAUUGUAAUAUUUAUAAUGUUCUUUUCGUAAGGAAGUUUUCAUUUCCA